UCUCACUAAUUCUGAAAUAAUUCUGGCAUCCUAUAGUGAGUAAAUUCUGAAUCUGUUCUGAAAUGUUUUGUUUAAUGGCACAGACUAGAACUCAGUGUUGGUUUUCAGGAUGACUAGAACUAAUUCAGCACCGUGUUCUUUUUCUAGGCAUUUUUAGGAGUAGAUCAGAACAUACUGGGUUUGCUUAUCAGCGUUGUUCCAGCCUUCUCAGCACAUAUUCAGCACUGACUAGCAUUACUUUAGAACGAAAAGACUGCUACUUAUUAUCAUUACCUGUGUCCUGCGCCGGCGCAAUUCACUCAGUUUACAGAAGGAAAUCAGUUUUUAUAAUUGAGAGAAUUUUGUAUUUAAUAAACUGUAGUAAAUUGUCACUGCAAAUCCGUCAAGUGAGAUCCACUGGUAGCAUCCUGUAAGUAAGCAAAAUAGAAGAUUAGUUGAUGAAAAAUAGUGCUCAGCACAUUGUAAGAAUUUACAUUUAGAAAGGUUUACUUACAUAACUGCCACUGUUAUAUCCCCUGGUAUCUUUUUCAUUUGCCUACAAAUGAAAACAAUGUUGUCAUUACUAUAUGUUCAAUAAACGUUGUCUUAUAAAAAUAAGCAGGCGUUUCGCAAUUUUACCUGAAUUCCUUUCUUCAGCUUACGCCUUUGGACACGAUCUUUCAAAUUGUGAAAGUACGAUUUCGUGGCCUUAUCCAUUAUGUCACCAACCUCUCUCGACGUCAUUAGUUGGCCGGAGAAUUCCGCCAUAAUUACAUCUAAAGAACUAAGUACUUUAUAAAUGAACCUUACAUCUCAUUAUUUUAUAAAAGGUAUAAGGCACAGUGCUGGACUUUGUCAAAGUCCCCUGAAAUGUAAACUUCAAAGCCACUUCAGGUUUUAGAACAUGGUGCAUCAUGACCUUAAGUGAUAACUUUGGAUCACUCUGAAAGCAGCUAACCAUCUUAGCAGUCUACAAGAAAUAAGAAUUAAAUGUCAACUCACAUAUUGCUGUUUGUACUUUUCGUCUCUUAAAGAUGCUUCCAGCAUCUCUAAGUGGUCUUCAUUCUCGAUCGGAAACUCCAGUGUGAAGUCAUCGUUUGCUGGAAGGGAGGUUUGUUGUCGAGAUUUCCUGUCAGUAGUCAUAAUGUUCAACAUUUUCGUGCACAGGUUAAUGAUUUCCAUAUUUGUAUCUUUCAAUAGAUAAUUAUUUUUAAGUAAUUACCGAGUAAUUUCUGAAUUUUGGAAUCAGUGGUAUCUUCGUUAGGCGGCAGUCUAAAGCACGAAUAAAAAUUGUAACAAUUAUUCCUACCGGUCAGAUACAGUUGUGUUUUUGCCAAUAGGAGAGGGAGAAUGGAUUAUGGGAGCACUGGAAGUCCUGAAAAUGAAUGGCUUUCAAUUACGUAAAUACCUUGGAAUUUGGGCUAUGAAGUCAUCAAAUAUAUUGUAAAGAGACGUUUCUUCAAAAACUUCAUGCAAUUCUUCCCAUUAAUAAACUUGAACAAAGCAAGAACAACUAUUGUACCAGGAUAAUGUGAGCUCAUCUUUUAUUAUUUCGAGGAUUCUCAACUGGUUACAACCUGAACGAUGGAAAAUAUAAAUUACAUUACAUUGAAGAUUUGAACAUAAUUUUCCACGAUCACAUGGAGUAAUUGGUAGGAAGUAGGAAAGAUCACCAAAUAGCAUUGAAAAACUUAAUGAAGAAUGAGUCUAUUGUUAUUCUCCGACCUGGCAAAGGAUCAGGUGUUGUGAUAAUGGAUAAAGAUAAUUACGUGGAAAAAGUGGAAUCAGUUCUGAAUGACUCAUCAACAUUUAGAAGUGAUCCAUCGAAGAAAGAUCAAACCGAAUCGAUAGAAAGACGGAUUACAAAUAAGCUAAGAGAACUUUUGAAGAAGUUGAUUGACAACAACAUAUAUAACGAACUGAAGCCUAAAGGAUCCAGAUUGCCUUACCUGUACGGCUUACCAAAGAUGCAUAAGCCUGGCAUUCCUAUGAGACCAAUAUUAUCUAUGAUUAAUUCGCCAUAUCACAAAGUAGCUAGGUGGCUAGCAGAAAUGUUAGAACCUAUCCGUUGUAAAUUAGCAGUCUAUAGCCUGAAAGACACCUUCCAAUUCGCUAAACAAUUAGAGAAUGUAAGCAUCUCAAAUAAAUUUAUGGUGUCCUUCGACGUGUCUUCACUGUUUAUAAAAAUUCCAUUAGAAGAAACAAUACAAAUUAUAUGUCAACAUGCCGAACUUCUUCCUCUACCCAAGAACGAACUCAAACAACUUUUACUUAUGUGCACCAAAGACGUACAGUUCCAGUUUAACAACAUUCUGUACCGCCAAAUUGACGGAGUCGCCAUGGGAAGCCCCCUGGGUCCGAUUCUGGCAGACAUUUUUAUGGGUAGUCUGGAACAAACAAGGCUGAAAUCCGCAAUCAGUCAGACCGAUUUCUAUACCAGGUAUGUCGACGACACUUUCGUUAUUUGUAAUUCUUUCGAUGAUGCAUCUCAAGUACUAAAAGUCUUGAACAGUGCCCAUGCUAAUAUUAAGUUUACAAUGGAGCAUGAAAAAGAGGAGAAGUUCCAUUUUCUUGACCUGGGUAUCCAACGAGAUAUAGACGGCAAAAUCAUAAGAUAUAUACACAGAAAAGAGACCUGGAGGGCGGUUUAUCUUAACUUCAAAAGUUUCUGCCCUAUAAGUUACAAAAAAGGAUUGGUGAGAACAUUAUUUGAUCGUGUAAGGAAGCUGUGUUCAGAAGAAAAGAUUGAGGAAGAGCUAUCCAUUGUGGAGAAAUGCCUACGCGACAAUGGUUACCCACAAAAGUUCAUUGACAAGUAUGGGAGACGUCAUGUUGAAAAAGUGAAAAUCAGCACAGUAGAGAAAAAGCCUAUCUUUCUGCAGCUGGCAUUCAAAGGUGAUGAUACUGCCAGUAGAAUAAGAUGCAGACUGAACGCUGCCCUGAAAAGAACAUAUCCAGCCGCCAAGCUUGUAUGUGUUUAUCAAACAACUAGUUGUUUGAGACAAUCAAAAGUGGACAAAUACCCACCUCAUGUUACCUCCAACUGUGUUUACCAAUUUACAUGUACGUGCCAAAGCACCUACAUCGGAAGAACAGAGAGAAGGGUUAUUGUCCGCAUUUCUGAACACAUACCAAAGAACCUGAGACUGAAAGGUCCACAAGUAUUAAACAGUGCAAUUGCGCGUCAUCUAUUAGACACUGGUCAUAAUGUAGACAACUUGAAGUCAUUCAAAAUAAUCAACAAGCAAAAGAAACCUAACUUGCUACGCUUUGCUGAAGCAAUUGCUAUCAGACGACUUAAACCAAAUCUGUGUACUCAGAAAGAGACGGUGGUGAAUCUUGCACUGCCUUGGUGAGAAAAUGUAUACAACAGCUUGUUUGUUUUUGUUUCCAAGCCUAAUUGCCUAAUUAUUCUAUAAAUAUUUAUAAACUGUCAAAUAUUGAUCACAAUUCAUUUGAAUUAUUCUAUAAAUAGUCAGUUGUUUGUAACUAGUUAAAUCAUUCCGGACUAAUGUUACUUUUACUUCCUACCAAUUACUCCAUGUGAUCGUGGAAAAUUAUGUUCAAAUCUUCAAUGUAAUGUAAUUUAUAUUUUCCAUCGUUCAGGUUGUAACCAGUUGAGAAUCCUCGAAAUAAUAAAAGAUGAGCUCACAUUAUCCUGGUACAAUAGUUGUUCUUGCUUUGUUCAAAUAUAUUGUAAUCUGGAUAUUGUGGUUUGAUGCAACCAACUUCACUGGCUGCCACAUCAAUAUCCAUUGAGUUGUAAAGGAAAUUGUUCUCUAAUUUCUUGGCAUCCCUGAAAAAUACGUUAGACAGAAAACGGCACCUACCUUUUUGGUCUCUUACUAGGCAUUGGCAACGUAUGAUCGUCCAUGUCUGCCUUCUUGGAGCCUUGAUCAUUGCUUCUCAAAAGCUCUACACCCUUUUUACAAUUCUCAUAAGUAUCUAGAAGGGUGAUAAUGAAAUAUGCUAACUUACCAAAUUCCUGCAGUUGACGGAAUUGAAACACUGACCAUCCAGUCCCGGUAUACAUAGGCUCUAGAUGGUUUGCUGUGCUGCUGUACGCACAUAAAC